UUCUCUCUCUCUCUCUCUCUCUAUCUCUUCACUGAUUUUUCCAUACCAUUUCUGUGUCCUUUCCUUUCCAGGCCAGCCCUCUUUCCUUGAGGUCUCCAAAGCUCAGGCCCCCAAAACAGGGUAACAGGUCCAGUUUUCUCUCUCUAAAUUCUAGUCUGUAUCCCGGUUUAUUUGCAAAAUCUUUGUGGGCUCUUUUCAGAUGCCUUUAUUUGGUGGUAGUCGAAUCUAUCUGCAAUUUUUUUUGCUAUUCAUAUGAAGUUUUUGUUGGGGUUUGCUAGAGAAUCUAAACCAGAACUGGAAAUCUUCAUCUGGUUUCUUGAUCCAGAUAUGGCUUUCAUUUAUUGCCUCAAAAGAUGUUUCUGUAUCUUACUUAAUUCCUGAGUUUUUUCUAUCUAUCUAUCUAUGCCCACUACCUCUAAACAUCUGCUUAUAAAUACUUUGAUCCUGCCCAUUCUCUUCCUCUCUCUACAUUUCUGUAGAUCGAAAAGUUCCUCGCCUCUCUCCACCUGUUCCUCGAAAACUCACCAACAACAAUUUCUCACUUCCUUAUACAAAUCUGAUCCAGUUAUUGCAGCAACGUGAAUUACUAAAAUACUCUCAUCCCUUUGUGCCAAAUUACCUAAACACACUUAAUUUGAGACUCCCGCUGCUGCAGAUCUCGGGCCAGAUUAGUGAGAUAACCCUUGUCCCGGACCUUGGGUCAAUUCAUUCGGAAUUCCGACUGAGGCAAAUUUACCAAAAUACCCAUAGAGAUUCUGCAAAGAGAGAUGGGUGACCAAAACCCCUCACAAGCAGUCCCUGCACCCAUGGAGGCUUUCGCCCUGAAGAACAAGCUCCCGGACUUCCUCGCCUCCGUGAGCCUUCGACAUGUGAAGCUCGGCUACCACUACCUCGUCUCGAAUGCCCUCUACCUCCUCGCCGUCCCCCUCUCCUGCAUUGCCCUCGCCAGCCUCUCUGUCACUGACCUUGGCCUCCUAUGGUCUGUCCUCCGAUACAAUUUCCUCUGCGUUGCCCUUUUCUCAGCCCUCCUCAUUUUCUUCUCCGUCCUCUACUUCAUGACCCGCCCGCGACCGGUCUACCUCCUCGACUUUGCGUGCCACAAGCCAUCAGAUGCCAGGAUUUGCAGCAGAGAGAUAUUCAUGUCGAGGUCUCGACUCACAGGAACCUUCACUGAUGAGAACCUCGCAUUCCAACAAAAAAUCCUCGAGCGCUCGGGUCUUAGUCAGAGCACCUACCUUCCCUCGGCAGUGUUGGCGGUGCCACCGAAUCCUUGUAUGGCAGAGGCUCGGCAGGAGGCAGAGGUCGUAAUGUUUGGUGCCCUCGACCAACUCUUCCUGAAAACUAAUAUCCAUCCCAAGGACAUUGGGAUCCUCGUUGUGAAUUGCAGUCUCUUCAAUCCAACCCCUUCACUGUCGUCGAUGAUCGUGAACAAAUACCGUCUCCGGGGGGAUAUUGUUAAUUACAACCUUAGCGGGAUGGGGUGCAGCUCUGGGUUGAUAUCCAUCGAUCUUGCGCACCGGCUCUUACAGGUCAGGCCAAGCACAUAUGCUCUGGUGGUCUCCACAGAGAACAUCACUCUCAACUGGUAUUUCGGGAACGACAGGUCGAUGCUCGUCUCCAAUUGCCUGUUCAGGAUGGGGGGAUCAGCUGCACUGUUGUCUAACCGGCGCUCAGACCGCUGGCGGGCCAAGUACGAGCUCCUCCACACCGUGCGCACUCACCGGGGGGCUGACAACCGGUGUUUUGGGUGUGUGUACCAGGAGGAGGACUCUUGUGGGAAGAUAGGGGUAUCCUUGUCAAAAGACCUGAUGGCAGUGGCAGGAGAGGCCUUAAAAACCAACAUAACAACCUUAGGGCCACUAGUGUUACCUAUGUCUGAGCAAUUGCUAUUUUUUGUGACCUUAGUUGCUAGAAAAGUGUUCAAGAUGAAGAUUAAGCCUUAUAUACCUGAUUUCAAGCUGGCUUUUGAGCAUUUUUGCAUCCAUGCUGGGGGGAGAGCCGUUCUGGAUGAGUUAGAGAAGAAUCUGGAUUUAUCGGAGUGGUAUAUGGAGCCAUCAAGGAUGACUCUAUAUAGAUUUGGGAACACAUCUAGUAGUUCACUGUGGUAUGAGUUUGCUUACACUGAGGCUAAAGGGAGGGUCAAGAAAGGGGAUAGAGUGUGGCAAAUCGCGUUCGGAUCCGGGUUCAAAUGCAACAGUGCAGUGUGGCGGGCGUUGAGGACUGUCAAUCCGGUGGCGGAGAAGAAUGUGUGGACGGAUGAGAUCGAUUCGUUCCCUGUGCCUGUGCCUAAGGUUUCUAGUGUGGUGGAUUCCAAGUCUUGAUCAACAUCUCUCUCUUUUUCUCUUCUUUGCCAUCUCUCUCACGCUCUCCCUCUCC